AUGAAGCGCUUGCUCCUUCUGGCCUUUUGCUUUCCUUUGGCCCUGCCAGUGGUGGGCGCCAGAACAAGGAGUCCCCAGGCUCUGGGGGCCGACCUCGGGGCACGAGCACCUGACCCGGCACUGGUGCCAGUAGAGUGUACGGAGGACUUGUGGAAGAUGUACCCGUUCCGUAUGCAUCUGAUGCCGAAGCAUGCUGUUGCCACCCGAUCAAGAGAAGGCAAGGGGCCGGGCCGUUGCUUGCCUGCAUGGUUCGAGACGGACAGCGAGGCGGAAGUAUUCUUUGGGUACAUCGGGUCGAUCGAUUUGGCUGCCGGGGUGGCUGACGCGCUCAAUGAGCUGAAGCACUACAACACGUUGAUCAGCUUCGGCUCUGGGAGCAACGCCGUGCUCGAAAUUGAAAGAGGCUCGGGCUUCCGGCGCGCAUGCGACUAUGCUGAAGAAAUCCGAACACAAAGCGCCAACAGGCUUUGGCCCUACAUCGAUGCCAAGGUGCUGCCUGACCUUGACGGCUCGUAUCGGCUGUUUAGGAGCAAGGACAAAGUGGACGUGGCGCGCAACGUGCUCUGGAAGCGGUACUACAAGGCGAUGAUCGCCCAGGUCACGUACAUGGUGUUUAGGAUCGACAAGUUCUGGCUCUCGAGCGCAAACUGCUGGGAGGAGCUGACUUGGGUGAGAAUGGGCUUCCGGGGGCCGAUGAUCUUUGUGAUUUUCAGUGGCAAUGAUGACAACGGCAGGAGUAUCUGGGAACGUGCGCACGACGCGAGGGACUCGGUUGGGAACCCGUUGGACUUGAAGGAUCCCCAGAAGAUUUUUGAUCAUCCGACUCCCUACACGAUCAAACGCGCGCUGGAAUGCAUCUUUCACGGCGGCAUGCUUCACUUCGCCCGAGAAGGGCCCCCUAGGAGAGACCGGCCCGUGACUCGGAUAUCUCGGAUGCGCAUGCGCACCCCGAACACCCCGAAGCGCAAGAGCAAGCUCCGGUGGCUCCGAGAUGUUCUCAAGGUGGCCAACUCUGAGCAAGGGAAGAGGCUGGAGAGCCAAAGGAAGCGCCUCUUCCUUCGAAACGCAGCGGCUGGAUUCGCUGCAGACGCGGCAUGGAGCGCCCUUGAGGAUCACUUCAACGGUCCUUCGCCCCCGCUGGCAUACGAGGCCUGGAGCGACGAGGAGGGCCAGGAUCAGAACAAUGAGACGCAAUCGUUCGGAGUUCUUGCCGCCGCGUAUGGGCCCAGCUUGCAAGCGACUCGCAAGCCGAGCAAGAAGGAGGUGUGUGCCCUGUGUGGAAACCCUUUAGCAUUCUUGAGGGCUGAGAAAUCCCCUAAACCCAGGAAGUCCGAAGGCAGGGCGACGACGCCAACCCCUCGGCAGAAUCGGAAAUCGCAGAAGGGCAAGGUGCUCAAGAAUUCCAUCAACCUGGCACAGAAGGCCUGGGCUGCGCAGCUCAUCGGGAAGCUGUCCUUUGAUGUCUGCCAGAAGAAGCCCAGUGCCUUCGGCUGGGGGGAGACGUGCGAGAGCUUACCCGCAGGUAAGGUCUACAACCACAACUGCGGCUUCUUCGGCCGCUACUGCGCCAAGGACAUCUGGGGCUGUGCGGCCAAGCACUCCAUGAAUCUCAUGGCCAUGGCUGGGGCGGUCCCGGCCUUUGGGACCGCAUUCAAGGCGGGUCGGAUGGCCUUCAAGGUCGGGAGAAAGGUGGCGAUGGUGGCCUUCCGAAAGGCAGUGAAGAAGGCGGCCAAGGCCAUCUUGGGCAAGGUGAAGUCCUCGGCCAGGGAGCUGAUGAGCAAAGCCUUUAUCAAGAGGCAGUCCAUGGACUUGAUCAAAAAGGAGGUCGUUGAGACGACCAUGGAAUCGAUUAUCAUGGCCGGCGCCAUCGACUGGGCUGCAAAGAUAGAGCAACAACGAAACUCAGCGGCCGAAUGGCUCAAGGAGGGACUGAAGCUCUUGGACCCCAUCGGGGUGGUUGAUCUCGUUGAGGAGAUGCGUGAGGAAGGGUGCGCCGAUAUCCACUUCGAUGACAUGCCCGAGGACGACCUGACUGAGGAGGAAUGUCACGACUGCGUCGAGGAAGAGGUCCUUAGCGGCCCCAUCAAGUUGGGCAUGACAUGGUGGCCAUCACAGACCAUGUGCUUGGCGUACGACCCGAACGACGGCACCGUCCACGUCGCCGGGUGCACUGGCCUCGAGAACCAGGAGUGGUACUUUGAUGGGGUGACCAUCAAAACCAGGUCUGACGACAAGUGCUUGGACUUUGACAAGGUUGGAAUUCAGGGUUCCGUGUACAUGCAUGACUGCCAUGGCGGUGAUCAUCAGCACUGGCGGUUCGAUGGUCAACUCUUCAGAACCCGCCACGAUGAGAACUGCAUCGGCUACAGCAGUGAGAUUGAGGACGUCGACCUCGCCCCUUGCACCGGAGACAGCCGGCAGAAAUGGUUAUGGGAGCCUCGCGUUCACAGCGGCCCAAUCCGGAAUGGAGUCCGCGACAAGUGCUUGGACUACGCCACCUAUGAAGGUGGAAACAGCAACGUGCAAGUCCUGAGUUGCCAUGAGGGGAAUGCAUUCUACCAGAAGUGGUACUUCGAUGGGCAGUCCCUGAAGACUCGCUUUGACCACCGGUGCCUAGACUACAACUAUGGCAGUGGAAACGUCUACAUCUCUCCCUGUCACGGGGAGGCCAACCAGCAGUGGUACUUUGAGGGAGGGGCGCUCAAAAGCAUGUACAACGGCGAGCUUUGUCUCGAUGUUGACAGCAGCAAUGGAGGACACAACGUUGUCCUCCAAGAUUGCCAGGACCAGCCUAGCCAGCAGUGGCACUGGGACCCUGAAGUCAGCACCGCCAAGAUAAACAACAGGAUUCUUAACUCGCGGCAUGACCACACGGAGCCCUGGUGCCUGGACAACCACCAGGGCGUGGACAUGGUCUUCAUGCAAUACUGCCAUAGCGGGGACAACCAGGAGUGGUACUUUGAGGGCAAGGCGCUGAAAACCAAGGCCAACAACAAGUGCCUCGACUACGUGAGCGGGUACAACAGCAGUGACCCAAAGUGGUGGGGGGAUGUCCUGAUGAACGAGUGCGAUGGCUCCGCGGGCCAGCAGUGGUACUGGGAAGGCGAAAAGCUGAAGACCGAGUAUGCCAACAACUGCUUGGACUACGCAUGGCAUGACCACACGGUCUUCAUGAACGAGUGCAGCGACGAGAGGGGCGGCCAGUACUGGAAGAGCCUUUUGUUCAAAGAUGAGCCCUAA